CUUUCAGUCUGACAGGAAGUUUGUUUUUUAAGACACUGAGACUGAGACUGAUGGUCACUCAGUGGUAAAACAGCAGGUGUUGAUGGAGCGAUGAACGAUGGCGUGAAUCUUAAAAUCCAGGAGAGAAAAAUUAAUCAGUUUCCUCAUCGACUGACACCACUGACACUGAAGUGAGGAUCCUGAGGACUCAGCACAAUGAGUCGUCCACAGGGCUACACAGAAGGUGAAGCUCCUGGUUCCCAACAAACAAAAUCUACCAGAAGGUCAAAGGUCACAUCAGAGAGAGUGGCCCUGCUGGUUCUCUGUGCUCUGAUGGCAGCUGCUGUCAUUGUUAUUUACCGUCUCUCUUUAGAUCAUUUCCAAACCAAGAAAAAUCUUCAAACACUGAGAGAUGAGAAUGAAGCUCUGAAAAGAAACCUCACAGAGAGACUCAGUGAAAAAAAACCACACACCACAGUGCAGCCUGUGUCUUCAAAACCUCCUGAAGUAAAAGAGAGACUCAGUGAAACAAAACCACACACCACAGUGCCCCCUGUUUGCCCAAGACAUCCAGAGGUAAAAAUAAAUGAUUCAUGUCUGAAGUGUGAAACAGGCUGGGAGCAACAUGGAGGACAGUGUUAUUAUUUCUCCACCAGACGUUCAUCUUGGAAAGAGAGCAGAAGCUUCUGCAAACGUCGAGGAGGAGACCUGGUUAAGAUAGACAGCAGAGAGGAGCAGAGUUUCCUGGAGAAAACAGUGAGAAAAAAAAUGGACCAUGAUGAGGACUUGUUCUGGAUCGGACUGACAGACUCAAAGACAGAGGGUGAAUGGUUGUGGGUGGACGACUCACCACUGAACACAAGUCUGAGUUUUUGGAUGACAUGGGAGCCAGACAACUGGACAGUGGAGGAUCCUGAUGGAGAGAACUGUGCAAGGAUAGGGGCGAUAAGAGAUUAUGACCUGAUCCGCUGGUAUGAUAGAUCCUGUAAAGUGAAUCAGAAAUAUAUUUGUGAGAAAGAAGCAGAAACUGGAGAAUAUAUGGUCUCAUGUGUCUGAAAUCCAGUUAAGCCUGAGUUUAACAAUCUGUGACAUGAUGCUGGUUUUGACCUUGCAAACAUUUAAAGAUCUCCUCCAGACAGAUAUUAAAAAUACUUUGAAUAAUAUUUUGUGUCUGAUUUGAACAGAAUCAUUCAGCUUGUUAUUGAUCUUCUUCAGUUGUGCUAAAGCUCACAUGUAAAAUAUUUUAUAAACAAUUUUCUACCAUAAACUUUUCUUUUUAUUUCAUUAUUAUUUUCUUUUUUUUUUAAAUUAAUUACAUUUUUCUUUUUCUUUUUCUUUUUUUGUGUUCUCACUCUCACUCAACAUCUACAGUUUAUAAAUACAACAGAAACUGUGUUUUAACAUCUUUGAUUCAUUUUCUGUUUAAUGAAAAUAAACAGUCCCUGUCUAUUCA